AUGGCGGCUCGGAGUAUCUCUGCCCCCUCGGUCAUCGAGACCAAGACGAAUGAUGAUAAACGACCCAAGAGACCGACUCUGCAGACCCCUCUAUCAGCCUCAUAUCCAUCUGAAGUCAAGAGUCCUUUUCCAGGUACACCAAGCUUCAUCAAGAGAGAAGAGAACAUCAAGACUCCCGUCACCCCUCCGGUGGCCUAUCUAGACUUCUUGAAGUCAAUGUCGACCGGUCUGGCCAGUCCAAUUAUUACAGGGACCAGCUCAAAGUUCCACUUCGGCGACAAAGUGCCCAGCGAAGUCAUCGAGGAGACAGAGGAGAAGUCUCCAGAUGCCACGCCUGAGACAGUGAAACCGAUACUCUCCCGCACCAACUCCACCAGCUCCGAGUCUUCUGUCACAUCUGUGGUUUCCAGCUCGACCGAGUCUGUGCAUUCAGUGUCUAGCACAAUCUCAGAAACCAAACGCAAGGUCAAACCACAGUCGCCCCGAGUCAUUAUACCGCCUUCUCCAUUUGCAAAACCUCGAUCUGCAAAGCUUCCUAGGAGUAUCCAGGUACCUCCUUCGCCCAUGUCACCAGCCAAUCUGCGAUCUCCGAUGAGUGCUCGUACUCACCACGAGCCUCACAGUGCAUCUGCGCUGAGCGGAACACCGUGGAGCGCUGAGUACUCACCAACAGAAGCUGAAGGUAGUACGACCAGCAAGAUGAGUGUUCGACAAGUGGUUACAAGGACAGUUACCUACUCACGAACCCCACUCGAUCCAGCACCAAAGGGCAAGAGGAGGAAGAUUGAAGAGUGA